GUAGCAGCGCUAAGUGCAGAGUGGAUCGGCUAACAUCACAAACACAACCGCAGCCGGGCCACGACCCUGCAUCAACCCAACCACACACACACAUCAGAGAGAGAUGGACGGAACCAACAAUCGCCAAAGUUUCGGAAGGUAACCCAGAGUCAUGGCCCACGAGAGAUCAGCUGCGACCGGACACGCGGACUGAUCUAGAGUCAGUUAUUCAGCUCGUUUUUGUUUGCUCGAGUGGACUCUGAGAUGUCGGGCUCGAAGCUGCUGGGUCGCGUGCGCUCCGCGUUCCGCCGACAGCCGGACACCUGGCACCUGAACGACGCGUCCGACUUUGAUUACCCAGAACAUCUGGAGGAAGACGAAACGCCCAAAUUCAACCAGCUGAAGGUGGUGGUGUCCGGGGACGAACUCCCCGCGGACGCGCCGAACGGCUCGACGGUCAGCACGGUGUUGGUGGACGAUGACGACUCUCUGCUGGGCUCGUCCUCGAGUCUCGGGAGCCCCGAAACGACGGCGGACCCCUGCGAGAACUGCAAGAGGGCGCGGGAACGCGGUAGACGCCGAGCGCUGAUGAGAAAGCUGGGCGUCGCGGCGCUCCUUUACUUUUUAUUUAUGGUUGGUGAGCUGAUAGGUGGAUAUAUGGCAAACAGUCUGGCUAUCAUGACGGAUGCGUUGCACAUUCUGACGGAUCUCAUCGGGAUUAUUGUGUCACUUCUGGCACUUUGGUUGUCUGCAAAACCACCAUCAUACAGAUUUACUUUCGGCCUGCAUCGACUCGAGGUGUUGUCUGCAGGUAUCAGUGUGUUAUUGAUCUACAUUCUGACGGGUGUGUUAGUGAAUGAAGCAGCACAGAGAACCAUUCAUCAGGAUUUUGAAAUAGACGGAGACGUCAUGCUGAUCACAGCAGCGGUGGGCGUCGCCAUUAACGUGUUGAUGGGAUUUCUGCUAGGUCAGUCUGGACAUCUUCACUCACACGGCCACGGUCACUCACACGGCCACGGUCACUCGCACGGCCACGGUCACUCACGUGACCCAGCUGGGCGGAGUCAAGGUCAAGGGCAGGGUCAAGAUCAGGGUCGGGGUCAAGAGCAGGGUCGGGGUCAGGAGAGUAUUUUGGUACGAGCUGCUUUCAUUCAUGCUGUGGGUGAUCUGGUGCAGAGCGUUGGGGUUCUUAUCGCUGCUUACAUUAUCCGCUUUAAGCCUGAGUAUAAACUGGCAGACCCCGUGUGUACGUACCUGUUCUCCAUCUUAGUGUUAUUCAGCACUUUCCAAAUCAUUAGAGAUACAGGAAUCAUCCUGCUGGAGGGUGUGCCGCGUCACAUGGAUGUGUCUGAAAUCAGAGCCGACCUGUUGAAGCUUCAGCACGUGCAGUGUGUGGAUGAACUGAAGCUCUGGGCCCUGACGGCUGAAAAAACCGCAGCCAUCGUUCACCUGCAGCUGGUGCCAGGGAUGGUGGGUAACUGGGAGGAUGUGCAGGCGAAUGCACGGCGUUUGCUGAUGAUGUCACACGGGGUGACGCACUGCACGGUGCAGCUGCAGACGCAGAGAAAUGGACUGCCGCAGUCCUGCACGCGCUGUCUCUCACUGAGUGCCUAGAGACGUUUGUGCUCACCUCAUCUGCCUGUCUCUCUCUCACACACACACACACACACACACACACACACACACACACACACACACACACACACACACACACACACACACACACACACACACACACA